AAGUCACUACAGUGAUCUUCACCUGAGAGGAUCAGAACCCUAAAACCCUGAUAACAAGGUUGUCUUUCCUGAAUCGUCUACAGCAACAACGAUAGAGAUGGAGGCUACGGACAUGGAUGUUGAAGAACAACCUCAAAACAAUCCCAAUCCCAAUCCCAAUUCCAGUUCCAGUUCCAGUUCCAACCCAAAUUCUUACAAGCGGUUCGGUCUUAAAAACUCAAUCCAAACCAACUUCGGCGAUGACUACGUUUUCCAAAUUGUCCCCAGGGAGGAUUGGACGGCAAUGGCAGUGUCAUUAUCAACAAAUGCAGUGAAGCUUUACUCACCAGUGACUGGUCAGUACUAUGGAGAGUGUAGGGGUCACUCUGAUACCAUAAAUCAUAUCUCUUUCCCGGGUGCAUCAACUCCACAUGUGUUGCACUCUUGCUCUUCUGAUGGAACCAUUAGAGCUUGGGAUACCAGGACAUUCCAACAGGUUUUGUGUAUAAGUGCUGGCGAUUCACAAGAGGUCUUCAGCUUCUCAUUUGGAGGAUCAACUGAUAAUCUUCUUGCUGCAGGAUGUAAAUCUCAGAUACUCUUCUGGGAUUGGAGGAACAAGAAGCAAGUUGCUUGUUUGGAGGAUGCUCAUGUGGAAGAUGUUACGCAGGUUCACUUUGUCCCUGGCCAUCAAAGCAAACUUCUUUCUGCAUCUGUAGAUGGGUUGAUAUGUAUAUUUGAUACUGAUGGAGAUAUAAAUGAUGACGAUAAUCUUGAAUCAGUAAUUAAUGUGGGAACUUCAAUUGGUAAAGUGGGGUUUCUUGGAGAGAGGUAUCAAAAGCUCUGGUGUUUGACCCAUAUUGAGACCUUAAGUGUUUGGGACUGGAGAGAUGCAAAAAGUGAAGCAAGCUUCCAAGAUGCCCGUUCAUUAGCUUCUGAUAGUUGGACAUUAGAUCAUGUAGAUUAUUUUGUCGAUUGUCACUACUCAAAAGAAGAUGAACGACUAUGGGUGAUUGGCGGCAGUAACUCUGGCACUAUAGGCUACUUUCCAGUAAAUUAUAACGGAGUGGGAGUCAUAGGAUCUCCAGAAGCAGUUCUUGCAGGUGGGCAUACAGGUAUUGUGAGGAGUGUGUUGCCUAUGGCAAGUAUGCAGCAGGGUGGGCUAGCCCAAAACCAAGGCAUUUUUGGAUGGACAGGUGCUGAAGAUGGCCGCUUAUGCUGCUGGUUGUCUGAUGAAUCUCCUCAGAUAAAUAGAUCAUGGAUUUCAACCGCAUUGAUAAUGAAGUCACCCAGUACUCGCAAGAAAAAUAGGCAUAAUCCCUACUAGCAAGCCAUUUUUUUUAUUGGCCUUUUGUAUCUUUUUCUUCAUCAUUUUAUUUUUUAUUUUUUAUUUUUUUAUUUUGGGUUUUCAGUACUGCUUGCUGUGAACUUACUGUACCAUUAAUAUAAUCUCUCUCUUUUUUCUUUUU